AUGUCAGGCCUCGACGACACCCACGUGAAGCCGUUGUGGGCUCAAAUGACUCGGCUGAACCCACCGCUCCCAGACCCUCAGACAAUUCCCCACGUUUGGAGAUACAAUGAAAUCCGCCCACAAUUGAUUCAAGCCGGGCAUUUGAUUACGGAGAAGCAAGCUGAGCGACGAGUAUUGAUGCUAGUGAACCCAGCAAGAAAAGCACCUUUUACGACCGACACAUUGUAUGCGGGUCUACAAUUGGUCAUGCCAAAUGAAACUGCACCAGCACAUCGCCAUACAGCCUUCGCUAUGCGCUUUAUCAUCGAAGGCUCAGGAGGUUUCACUGCGGUUCACGGCAAAAGAAUCAAGAUGCAGCGCGGAGAUGUCAUCUUGACACCUACAUGGAACUGGCAUGAUCAUGGGAAAGAUGGCUCAGGUCCAAUGAUCUGGCUGGAUGGUCUCGACCUUCCCAACUUUGUGCACUUUCCCGUUCAUUUCGUGGAACACUAUGAUAAGCCUCGCUACCCCGCUGAGGAUGUUGACACGUCUGCUUCGCCAACUGUCUUCCCUUGGACCAAGAUGCGUGCCCAGCUGGACGCUUCGGUGGAUACAUGGGUAUCAAAGCCUUAUCUGAAGUCUGACGGUAGAGAAGUUAGUAAAAUUCUCGGUGGAUCAGCCGAGCGACUGAAUGUAGGAAAGUCGUCUCCCGAAGCGCAGGAAACCGCCUCCUCCGUUUACCAUGUCAUAGAAGGCGAGGGACAUAGUAUGAUCCAAUCUAAGCGAUUCAGUUGGAAGAAAGGCGAUACUUUCUGUAUACCGGCUUGGAACACGUAUCAGCACUUUGCCGAAGGCAAUGAGACUGUGUACUUGUACAGAUUCGACGACAAGCCUAUGUUGAAGGCUCUAGGCUUCUACCGAUACGCAGGGCAGGAGGGCGAGUCCUUGGUAUCCGACUAG